UUCAAAAUAUAAGUUUUCGUUUGAUAAAGACAAUAAAUGCAGAUAACAAUGGCAAACAAAUGCAGAUUGUUUUUUGUUAGGUCAGCCCAGCAGAUGUUGAGAUGUGUGUAUAGCAGAAGGUCAGUACCUUCCAUUAAUCAUAUUUAUUCCUCAAGACCGUUAAUAUCUCCAAACUUGUUAGAAUGUGCUUAUAGCAUCUCCAGAAGCAUUUCUACACACACUUCAGGUCAAAGCAGCUUUUCACAGAGAAGCCAUACAUGUGGAGAAUUGUGCUCCAGUCAUAUAGACAAGGAGGUGACUUUAUGUGGCUGGGUUCAGUACUUAAGGCAAGAUCUGUUUGUAAUACUAAGAGACUUCAGUGGAUUGGUGCAAAUUCUUAUUCCACAAGAUGAGAGUAAAUCUGAACUGAAGAAAUCUUUGCUUGCUCUCACCGUGGAGUCUGUCAUUAUGGUCAAAGGACGAGUCAUCCGUAGACCAGAGGGACAGGAGAAUAAGAACAUAUCCACUGGAGAAAUUGAAGUCUGUGCUGAGAGCAUUGAAGUGUUGAAUACCUCCCGAAAGCUGCCGUUUGAGAUCAAGGAAUUUGUUAAAAAAUCAGAAGCCCUCCGGAUGCAGUACCGUUAUCUGGAUCUGCGGUCGGCCACAAUGCAGAACAAUUUAAGAUUGAGGUCACAAAUGGUGAUGAAAAUGAGAGAGUACCUUUGUAAUUUGCAUGGAUUUGUCGAUGUGGAAACACCAACGCUGUUUAAAAGAACACCUGGGGGUGCCAAAGAGUUUGUGGUGCCAUCUGGAGACCCUGGGAAGUUCUACUCUCUUCCACAGAGCCCACAGCAGUUCAAACAGCUUCUGAUGGUGGCUGGCAUAGACCGGUACUUUCAGCUGGCUCGCUGCUACAGGGACGAAGGCUCCAAACCUGACAGACAGCCUGAAUUCACACAGGUAGAUAUUGAGAUGUCCUUUGUGGACCAGGCUGGAGUCAUGAGUUUGAUUGAAGGCUUGGUCCAGUUCUCCUGGCCAGAGGACAAAGGACAGAUUAAUGUCCCCUUUCCCACCCUGACUUAUGAAGAAGCCAUGAGAGACUACGGAGUUGACAAACCAGACACUAGAUUUGGGAUGAAGCUUGUGGAUGUCAGCACAGCAUUUCAGGGAGCACAAAUUGAGUUCAUCAAAGAUGCACUUCUUGAACCGGAGGGCUGCGUUCAGGCCAUCUGUGUCCCAGAAGGAACGAAACAUCUGAAGGGCAAAGACUUUGAGUUUCUGAAACAAGCAGCCAAGACACAGUAUGGUCAGGAGGUGAGCGUGGUUCCAGUAAGGGCAGAUGGUUCACUGAAAUCUCCUCUCAGCCGGCUGCUCUCGGACACGGCCAAACAACAGCUGCUCCAGAUGGCCCAGGCCAACGCUGGAGACCUGAUCUUCAUCACGGCUGGACCCCGCGAGAAUGUGCGUCCGCUGCUGGGUAAGCUGAGACUGCAGGUCGCUGAGCUGCUUGAGCGUUAUGGUGUUCCAGUUCGAGACCCAUCUGUCUUUCACUUUUUGUGGGUGGUGGACUUUCCACUCUUCUUACCCAAAGAGGAUGAUCCAGAGAGGCUUGAGUCGGCCCACCAUCCCUUCACUGCCCCAGUCCCUGAAGAUGCACAUCUGCUGUACACCAGACCCCACAUGGUGCGUGGCCAGCAUUACGACUUAGUUCUGAACGGCUGCGAGAUCGGCGGAGGUUCAAUCCGCAUCCACAAUGCCUCUCAGCAGCUGUACAUCCUGGACACCAUCCUCAAGGAAGACCCAUCACUUCUCUCUCAUCUGUUGGAGGCUCUGGACUCCGGGGCCCCUCCUCACGGUGGAAUCGCAUUAGGGCUGGACCGACUGGUGUCCAUCAUUGUUGGAGCUCCCAGUAUCAGAGAUGUCAUAGCUUUUCCGAAAUCUUUCCGAGGUCACGACCUAAUGAGUCAGGCUCCAGACUUUGUCUCUGAAAAAGAUCUAAAGCCGUAUCAUAUUUCUGUAGUCUGGCCUAUCGCAGAGUGACCGAGCCAACUGGACAACUCAGCGUAAGCAUUAAAAAAUAGUUUAACAUGCAUACAGUGUUCGGUUUGCAUGAGGAUGCAAGACUGUUGAUGAUUUCCACCGGUGCGGUCGCCAUCUGUGCCCACGCCUGGCAACAGUAUUCAGAACAGAAACAGCAGGAUCACUUCAUGUCCAGAGAGAUUUCAACACCAUCAUCUGCUGCUUACACAGAUUAGUCAUGUACUUUCUCAGCAUAUACACGAUCUGUAAUAAGUGUCUUCAACUGCCCGUAUUUUCAUUCGAUUUGUUUCAGAGAUCAGCAGUGAAAUCCAGAGAUGCUGGGUUGUGUGUGUUCCAGUAGGGGGCAAAGUUGUUCCACUGCAUCUGUUUACUCUUCCUCCUCAUUUUCCACAUGCCCUGCGGUGUGAAGUCAGUCUGCACCAUAUUCUCAUUUUUCCCCCCCUGUUCUUUUCCACCCCACCACCAGACACACCAAAUAAAGCUACAUUUCAGUUUUUCCUCAGCGAUGCCUUAUCUGUAAAAGCAGAUGCUCAUUUUUCAUGCCCAGGUACAGCUACUCAUUACAGCCAGGGUUGUUUUAAAGCAGACCUGCGCUUUUGGCCGCCAAGCUGUGAACACAGGUCUUUGUAUAUGACAUGCUGUUUUUGCUUGUCUUCUUAUGACUUUUCUAGAAGUACCCACUCAUCACCUAUUUACAUGACCAUGUUUACUUGAAAGUUCCUGCCUACAUUCGGUAGGUGUUUCCAUUAGUGCUGUAGAGACAACUGCAGGGCCGAAAGCUCAGAUAUUUGAUAAUUGAGCUCUUUGUCUAUCGGACUAUUUCUAUUAGACUCUGAUCAAUGUUAAUAGUUUAUAAAAGCAAGCAAUUUUUACAUA